GAAAAUUCGCAAUUAUCUUUAGUUCCAUAUUCAAACAUGAAAAUAAUAGUAGUCGGUCUUUUGUUGGUGAUUUCCUUAGUUGGACACAAAACAAACGCAAAAAGUGUGGCCAACACCUUGGCCAACGAAAUCGGUCAGGAUGCCUCCGCUUUCGGUAAUGAAUUAGGCCAAGAGGUCAUCCAAUAUGGCCAAGACGCCGCCAAAAGUGGCGUGAAGUACGGAGAAGCAGCAGAAAAUGCCUCAUCCGGUUGGGAACUUGGAAUGGAUGGCAGCAUUUUUGGUCACGAAUUGGGAGAUGAGGGCAAUUUGUUAGGACAAGAGGCUUCCAAUAGCGCUAUUAACUUUGGACAUCAGGUGUCCCAGGAAGCGGAAGAGGCAGCCAGUGCAGAACUCAAAGCCUUGGCAAGCCAGUCUGCCAAUCAAACCAGUAAGAAAUCUGUCAGUAAGCGUGAUGUAUCAAGUAGCAACGAGAAUCCUUCGGUUACCUGUGCUUGCACCUGUUCCACCGAUGGCGCUGCAUCCAAUGUGGGAAAUAAGGUUGCAGAGUCGGCCGGAAAGGCAGCUCAUGAUGUAGCCGGCGCUGCUGGAAAUGUUGCCUCGAGUGUUGCUGGAGCUGCUGGCACUGUCGCUCACGAUGCUGCAGGUGCUGCAUCUAGUGUUGCAAGUGAUGCUGGACACAUUUUCCACGACGCCGGCAAAGUUGGAGGCGACAUUGGAAAUGCAGCUGGAAAUGUGGCCUCGAGUGUUACUGGAGCUGCAGGCACUAUCGCUCACGAUGCUGCAGGUGCUGCAUCUAGUGUUGCAAGUGCUGCUGGACACAUUUUCCACGACGCCGGCAAGGUUGGAGGCGACAUUGGAAAGGCUGCUGGAAAUGUCGCUGGAAGUGCAGCAAAUGCUGCUGGAAAUGUUGCCUCAAGUGUUGCUGGAGCUGCUGGCACUGUCGCUCACGAUGCUGCAGGUGCUGCAUCUAGUGUUGCAAGUGAUGCUGGACACAUUUUCCACGACGCCGGCAAGGUUGGAGGCGACAUUGGAAAUGCAGCUGGAAAUGUGGCCUCGAGUGUUGCUGGAGCUGCAGGCACUAUCGCUCACGAUGCUGCAGGUGCUGCAUCUAGUGUUGCAAGUCAUGCUGGACACAUUUUUCACGACGCUGGCAAGGUAGGAGGUGAUAUUGGAAAUGCUGCUGGAAAUGUGGCCUGGAGUGUUGCUGGAGCUGCUGGCACUAUUGCUCACGAUGCUGCAGGUGCUGCAUCCAGUGUUGCAAGUGAUGCUGGACACAUUUUCCACGACGCCGGCAAGGUUGGAGGCGACAUUGGAAAUGCAGCUGGAAAUGUAGCUGGAGAUGUUGCGCAUGAUGCUGCAAAUGCUGCAAAUGUCGCUGGAGAUGUUGCUAAUGCUGCUGGAAACGUUUCUGGAGAUGUAGCUAAUGCUGCUGGAAAUAUUGCACAUGAUGCAAGCAACAUUUUCCACUCCAUAUUUUAGAGUUUCUCUCUACUUUUAAUAUAAUAAUAAAUGAACGAGCAAAUUAAUGA